AAGUUGGAUUAUUUAAUGCAUAACUACUAAUUUGCAUAAGAUAAUUAGACAAAUAUAUUGCUAUUGAAAUGACUCGCAACAAGAAAGAAGAUGAGAGUUAUGGAUAUGGAAAGCUAAAACCAAGCUGUAUGCAGUGGAUGAAUUCUAUACGAUGGUUCGUCUUUUGGCAGUGUGUUAUCAAUUUCGUCGAUGGAUUCAUGGUGUAUGGUGUGAUAAGUGUUAUAAUUCCUGCUUUGGAGAAACGGUACGAUCUCUCAAGUUCUAAAUCGGGUCUUAUUUCAAGUGCUAACGAUUUUGGAGCUUUCGUGAUUUUGAUUUUUGUUGGUUAUUUUGGAGAGAGACGACACAAACCGAGAAUAAUGGGAGUUGGAAUUUCCUUGUUGGCAUUUGGAAGUCUCUUGUUUUCUCUGCCACAAUUCAUAGGAGGACGGUAUGCUUACACAGUAUCAGAUUCAUCUAACAACACAGACAAUGUUUGUAAUCAGAAAAAUACAACUACAAUAUCAUGUUCUACAACUAUGGAUAUCAAAGAUAAUUACAAAACUUAUUACGCCAUGUUUAUCGUGGGACAAAUGUUUCUUGGUAUUGGGGCUGUUCCUGUAUAUACCAUAGGCCUUACUUACUUAGACGAAAACUGUAAACAAAAAUUAUCUUCAUUUUAUACCGGUAUAAUCUUCGCAUCAGGAUCAAUCGGUGCAGCAGUAGGUUUUGUGGUUGGUGGAAACCUUCUGAAUAUAUUUGUUGACGCUGAUACUUUGGAUGUUACCGCUAUACCUCUUACAUCAUCAGAUCCACAAUGGGUAGGAGCGUGGUGGAUUGGAAUUGUUAUCGCUGUACCGGCCUUUAUCUUGCUUUCAUUUCCCAUUCAUGGAUAUCCUCGCCGACUUCCAGGUUACAAGGAACUUCAAAAAGAAAGAAAGUCCGAAGCUUAUGACAAUAAUUCAGAAGAAAUAACUGCACAACCGUCAUUUGGGAAAAAGUUCAAAGAUUUUCCCAAAUCGAUUCAACUUUUGGCAAAGAAUCCAACGUUCAUUCUCAUCACUCUCAGUAGUGUGUGUGAAACUUUGUUGGUUAGUGGUGUAACAACCUUCGGAUCGAAAAUUGCACAACAACUUUUUAAUAUUGACCUGGCUACAGCUGGAACGGUCAUCGGUGCAAUAAGCAUUCCUGGAGCCGGCGGUGGAAUGGUGUUUGGUGGAUACAUGGUAAAGAAACUUAAACUACGACUACAAGGAAUAAUUUACUUUUGUUGUGUUUGUAUGUGUUUUGCUGCCGUACUUGCUCCCUCGUUUCUGAUGACAUGUCCGAGCCAGCCAGUCGCUGGAAUAUCUACUAGCUAUAGACUUGGCGAUAAGAUCGACCUUGUUUCUAGCUGUAAUAUACACUGUCAUUGCACAACAGCUGGGUAUGAACCAAUCUGUGACCUCAACAAGACUGUUUACUUCUCACCCUGUCAUGCUGGUUGUACAGAGACUAUGCUACUGAAUGGUACCAAGAGCUAUGCUGAUUGUAGCUGUAUCAGUGCAGAUAAGAACGUAGUUGUGGCAGUAUCUGGGAACUGUUCUGAGGACUGUAACUGGUUUUAUGUGUUUUGUGGGUUACUGUUCUUUCUGUUAUGGUUUACCUUUGCCACGAUGUCACCAAUAGUAACAGCGACAUUCAGAUGUGUCUCACAAAAACAACGAUCGUUUGCAUUUGCUAUACAGUGUUUAGCAGCUCGUUUAUUAGGUACUACGCCUGGUCCUAUAUUUUUGGGUGCCAUAAUUGAUAGUUCGUGUGAUUUGUGGCAAGAUACCUGUGGUAAAAAAGGUUCUAGUUGGAUUUAUAGAAAAUAUGACCUUGUUACCCGUCUAAUGACUUGGUGGAUAUGUGUUAAAAUCAUUGGAAUAGUAUUUUUAUUAUUUGCUGCAAAAUUAUACAAACCUUGUACAGAGAGUAUAGAGGUAAAACCUGCAAAGUCAACAAUGAAUGAAAAGCAGUAAGAAAAUAUCUUUUAAAUGAGAAACAAUGUUUAUCGAGACUGUAUAAUAUAUGCCCCGAUCUGCAUAAAAUGAAUACACGCUAAUUGCAUAAACUGGAAAACAAAUAUCAGGUAUUCGACAGGAAAGCACCAACAACAGCAAAACUCUGUCUAUCGUAUUUUGGUUUGUAUAAGGCAAGUCUUGAUAAAGAAUGCAGUAACAAUUGUUUUUUUUUGCAAAAUCUGAAAUAAUUUUUAAAUUCAUUAAACUUAAAAAUCC